GCUACUCAAGUGUUUCUCUCGUGUGUGGUUCAGUAAAAAGAUGUUUGACCCCUCAUUCAGCUUCUACACGGGCUACAAUAUUCCAAUAUGCAAGACAAUAGAGGAGUACAUGGAAUGUAUUCAGAGCUUACCCACUGUGGAUUCGCCCCAGGCGCUGGGGCUGCAUCCCAAUGCUGAUAUCACGUAUCAGACAAACACAUCUGCUGAAGUUCUCGACACAAUCACGAACAUCCAGCCCAAGGAAAGCGCAGGGGGAUCAGGAGUGACUCGGGAGUCUAUUGUUCAGAACAUGGCGCAGGACAUGUUGGGGAAAUUGCCCCCUAAUUAUGUGCCACAUGAGGUCAAAGCCAGGCUGUUGAAAAUGGGAGCUCUGAACCCAAUGAACAUAUUCCUACGUCAGGAGGUGGAUCGAAUGCAAAGGAUCAUCAGUGUGGUGCGCACUAGUCUGACUGACCUAAAUUUGGCCAUUGAUGGCACUAUCAUAAUGAGCGAGAACCUCCGUGAUGCCCUGGACAAUAUCUUUGAUGCACGUGUGCCAAACCUGUGGAAGAAGAUCUCCUGGGAGUCAUCCACACUGGGCUUCUGGUUCACAGAGCUUCUGGAGAGAAACAAGCAGUUCCGCAGUUGGGUGUUUGAAGGAAGAAGAAGUAACAAGAGCAAACAAAGGCUGGGCUCUGGACAACGUUACCCUGACCAACAAAGUACUGAAGCAGGCACAGGAGGAGAUCACAGCCUCACCUACAGAGGGAGUUUACGUCCAUGGUCUGUACCUGGAUGGCGCCGGCUGGGACAGGAAGAGCUCUCAUCUUAUUGAGUCCCCACCCAAAGUGCUGUUCACACCAUUGCCUGUAAUCCACAUGUUUGCCGUGAACUCCACUGCCCCCGUGGAUCCUAAGCUCUAUGUCUGCCCCGUCUAUAAAAAACCAAGACGCACAGACCUAAAUUAUGUCACAGCAGUGGGGUUAUCAACCAUUCAGCCACCAGACCACUGGAUCUUGCGUGGAGUUGCCCUGCUCUGCGACAUCAAAUAAAAGAUAGCUGCAUGUCUUUAUUGUUAUGUCAUAUUUCUUACAGGGAAAAUAAAUGUAUUUUUAAUGUCAAA